GCUGGGUUUGCGUUGCGUCAACUUCCGGGCGGGUCCCCGCCAGCCGCCGCCGGGCCUCAGCCUCUGCCGCUGCCGGGCCGAAGCCCCUUUGUGUCCCCGCGGCUUUUCGUGGCGCGGGCCCGACACGUCCGGCGCGGGGCAGGGGGAGGCCGGGACAGGGCUGACGGCGAGUUCGGCGGGCCUGCCUUGGCGGGAGUUGGAGCGGGGAGCGCGGUGGCGGGAGCCCGCGGGGGCCGAGGUGCACCGGGGUCAGCGAGCGCGUGCUGCCGGGGAGGGUGAUGAAAAGAGAUUAUCCGGGCCAGCUCCCAUAGGGUGGUCGGUAGGUUUCCAUCACCAUGAGUCUCUUCAACCUGGACCGGUUCCGCUUUGAGAAGAGAAAUAAAAUUCAGGAACAGCCCGAGCCAGCUCCCCAGCUGCCUCCUCCUCCUACUCCACUUCCUUCUCAGGUUGAGCCUCCUUCACCCGUUUCCACUAUUAUUGAAGAUGACGAUCUUGAAGGGGGUAAAGGCAGCAGGCCAGGAACACCAGAUUCAGAUAUAACAGAAAAAACAGAAGAUUCCAGUGUACCAGAAACUCCAGAGCCUGAAAGAAAGUCAGGUGUAUCAUAUUUCAAGAAUCAAAAAGGAAUACAGUUUAUCGAUCUGUCUUCUGACAGUGAAGAUUUUGGCUCCCCAAAUUGUUCCAAUAUAAAUCAAGACGAAAAGUCUGGAAGAGAACCAGUGAUUAUAGUUUCUGAGCAAUCUGAAGAUGAGCAGACUGAAGAGUAUACUGAUAUGACACAAAGAAAUGAUGAUAUCUCAGAACUGGAAGACCUUAAAGAUGCAAAGCUUCAGACUUUGAAGGAACUAUUUCCACAAGGAAGUGACAGUGAUUUAAUUAAGUUGAUUGAAUCAACAAGUACAAUGGAUGGAGCAAUAGCUGCUGCAUUGCUGAUGUUUGGAGAAGGUAUACCUCGGAAAAGAAAAUUAGAUUCAUCUUCCUCAUACACCUCUGAAGAUGAGGAUGAUGAUCAAACUGUAAAAAGGAAACGAUUCAAUCCUCUUGAAGAAUCAAAGGAUUUUGAAGAAUCAGAGGAUAAAUGGGAAAAGCAGGAAGCCAUUGUAGCAAAGCUACAGACAGAGUUCCCCAGUUUGGCUAAAGAGGAACUAAGAGAAGUACUUAAGGAACACGAAUGGAUGUAUAAUGAAGCUUUGGAAUCUUUAAGAGUCUUUGCUGAAGAUCAACAAGAUGUACAGUAUCCUUCAAAAAGUGAAAUUUCAAAUGGAAAAGCUAUCUCAAGAAAAAGUCAAAAUCACCUUAAAAAUACUUCUAAAACAAAGAUGAAACAAAAAUGUGCUGUUAAAGCACAGAAUGGUUUUAACAAGAAAGGCAAAAAAACUUUUUUCAAUCCUAAAAAGGAAAUUCAGGACUCUGAAUAUGAUUCAGGCUCUGAUGUUGGGAGCUCUUUGGACGAGGACUAUAGCAGUGGUGAGGAGGUGAUGGAAGAUGGCUACAAAGGUAAAAUACUUCACUUCCUACAAGGGGCUUCAAUUGGUGAACUCACUUUGAUUCCCCAGUGUUCUCAGAAAAAAGCUCAGAAGAUAACAGAGCUCCGGCCCUUUAACAGUUGGGAAGCUCUGUUUACAAAAAUGUGCAAGACAAAUGGAUUGUCAGAAGACUUAAUAUGGCACUGUAAAACAUUGAUUCAAGAAAGGGAUGUAGUUAUUAGACUUAUGAACAAAUGCGAAGAUAUUUCAAAUAAAUUGACAAAACAGGUGACCAGGCUUACUGAAGGUGGAGGUGGAUGGAACAUAGAUCAACCUUCCAUUCUAAACCAAAGUUUGUCUCUCAAGCCAUAUCAGAAGAUUGGUUUGAAUUGGCUAGCACUGCUACAUAAACAUGGACUAAAUGGUAUUUUGGCUGAUGAAAUGGGAUUAGGGAAAACAAUUCAAGCCAUUUCCUUUCUGGCAUACCUCUACCAAGAAGGUAAUAGAGGUCCUCAUUUAAUUGUUGUGCCAGCUUCAACUUUAGACAACUGGAUAAGAGAAGUUAAUUUAUGGUGCUCUAACCUAGAUGUCCUCUUUUAUUAUGGUUCUCAAGAAGAUCGCAAACAGCUUAGAUACGAUAUUCAUAAUAAAGUUGUAGACUUCAAUGUGAUUGUGACUACGUACAAUUGUGCAAUCAGCAGUUCAGAUGACCGCAGUCUAUUUCGACGGCUGAAACUUAACUAUGCAAUCUUCGAUGAGGGCCACAUGUUGAAAAAUAUGGGUUCUGUGCGCUACCAGCACCUCAUGACCAUUAACGCAAAGAAUCGUCUGCUACUUACAGGCACUCCUGUUCAGAACAAUCUAUUGGAACUCAUGUCUCUGUUGAAUUUUGUGAUGCCUCAUAUGUUCAGUAGUAGCACCAGUGAAAUCAGAAGAAUGUUCUCUUCCAAAGCAAAAUCAGCUGAAGAACAAAGUAUAUAUGAAAAGGAGAGAAUAGCACAUGCUAAGCAAAUUAUAAAGCCAUUUAUUCUGAGAAGAGUUAAAGAAGAGGUCCUAAAGCAGCUACCUCCCAAAAAAGACUGUGUUGAACUCUGUGCAAUGUCAGAAAAACAAGAACAGUUGUACUUUGGUCUUUUUAACAAAAUGAAGAAAUCCAUCAAUGGCAUGGAGAAAAGCUCAGAAAUGGGCAAUGUGAUGAUGCAACUAAGAAAAAUGGCCAAUCACCCUUUAUUACAUCGUCAAUAUUACACAGCUGAAAAACUCAAAAUAAUGUCACAGCUGAUGCUAAAGGAACCUACACAUUGUGAAGCUAAUCCUGACCUGAUUUUUGAAGACAUGGAAGUCAUGACAGACUUUGAACUACAUUUACUUUGUAAACAGUAUGCACAUAUUAAUGACUUUAUGUUAGACAUGGAUCUCAUUUUGGACUCCGGGAAAUUCAAGAAACUAGAAUGCAUUUUAUCUGAAUUAAAAGAAAAGGGUGACAGGGUUGUAUUAUUUAGCCAGUUUACAAUGAUGCUGGACAUCUUAGAGGUUCUUCUAAAACACCAUCAGCAUAGAUAUCUUAGAUUGGAUGGAAAGACUCAAAUUUCUGAAAGAAUUCAUCUAAUUGACCAGUUCAAUACAGACAUGGAUAUCUUUAUAUUUCUUCUAUCAACAAAAGCUGGUGGACUUGGCAUAAAUUUGACCUCUGCAAAUGUUGUCAUACUUCAUGAUAUUGACUGUAAUCCAUAUAAUGACAAACAAGCUGAAGAUCGAUGCCACAGAGUAGGUCAGACUAAAGAAGUACAUGUCAUAAAGUUAAUAAGUCAAGGAACAAUAGAAGAGUCUAUGCUCAAAAUCAACCAACAGAAACUGAAACUAGAACAAGAUAUGACUACAGUAGAUGAAGGUGAUGAAGGAAAUGUACCUGCAGAUAUAGCUACAUUACUAAAGACUUCAUUGGGUCUCUAAAAUAAGGAUUUCUAAUUGAGAAAAUACCAACUUGGUGCACCCAAGGACAUAAACAUUACUGAAGACCAUGGGAUUUAUGAACAUUUAUAACUUUUUAUAAUACCCAUAUUGUAUUUCUCAUGGUAUGAAAGAUUUUUGCCACUAAAUGAAUUCUCCAGUUGCUCAAACCUGAAAUAUAUAAUUGCCACAGAAAA